GUGGGAUUUAAUUUAUGUAUAUAUAUCCCUUGUUAAACCCUAUCUGUUUCUGUCCACAAAGUUGUCGAGAAAUGGCAAGAACAACUUCUGAUUUUCUCAUCUUCAUUUCCCUUUUCUUUAACUCACUUCUUCCCAUUGCUUCUCCUUCCUCCGCCAAUUCCUUCGUCUUCGGCGGCUGUACUCAGCAGAAAUACGCACCAGACUCGCCUUACGAAUCCAACAUCAACUCUCUUCUCACUUCUCUUGUUAACUCAGCCACCUACUCCUCGUACAACAACUACACCAUCAUGGGCUCCAGCCCACAAGACGUCGUCUACGGCCUUUUCCAGUGUCGCGGCGACCUUUCCAUGCCGGAUUGCGCUAACUGCGUAGCACAAGCAGUGAGUCAAAUUGGUUCUUUGUGUUCUCAGACAUGCGGUGGAGCAGUGCAACUUCAAGAUUGUUAUGUAAAGUACGAUAAUGCUACGUUUCUAGGAGUGGAGGAUAAGACAGUGGUCUUCAAGAAAUGCGGGCCCUCCACUGGGUAUGAUACAAAUACUAUGAGUGUUAGGGAUGCCGUGAUGGCAGACCUUGCUCGGCCUGGAGGGCUGUAUCGAGUUGGUGGGUCGGGCGAGGUCCAGGGUUUUGCCCAAUGUAUUGGAGAUUUGAGCUUAGGAGAGUGUCAGGAUUGCCUGUCGGAGGCAAUCAGCCGGUUGAAAACCGAUUGCAGCACCGCGGUUUACGGCGAUAUGUUCUUGACUAAGUGCUAUGCUAGGUACUCCACCGGCGUUGCUCAUGUUUAUACCAAUACUCAUAAUGAUAAAUCUAUGGACGAGGGCGAGAAGACAUUUGCAAUUAUCAUCGGAUUAUUUGCUGGAGUCGCUUUAAUCAUUAUUUUCCUUGCUUUCAUAAGAAAGGUUUCUGAAGGAAAUGGUAAAUAAAUUGCAACGUUUUCGAAGACAUUGGCAAAGCCACUCGCUAUUCCUCAGCCUUCUCAUCAAGUGAUUUACUUUUGGGCCACUUUUGCUUCACUUUUUUAUUCAUGAUAUUAACCUUCUUCUCUUUGAUUUUUUUUUUUUUUUAAAUUUCUUUAAUUUACUCUUGAAAAGAAGACUUAAAGACAGAUGGAAAGAUGUCCCUUAGGCCCUAGGGCAUGAACCCAAAUCAAAAGUUAUAAAAAGAGACUAAGAUUCCAAUAUCUUCUUCACAGUUCACUCCACUUGACAAAGUUGUAUUGUCCAAAUGUGAAAAAAAGGGCACGCAUGUUAGUUCUUCUAGUAAAGGUGCAUAUGAUGGUAUCUUUUUGGAGGUGGCACUUAUUGUACUUUUUAUCUUCUGGGUAAGAAACAAACUCCUUUUAUGAUUUAAGUUUUGGAGAGUUAUAGAGUAGGAAGAGGAGUAGCAUGUCAAUGUGAUUUUGUACUAACAGGGAUCUCAUGCAUGAGAUAAGCAAUGCAAAAUUUAUUAUGGCUUAUAUUAUCUAUGAUGUGAACUUCUUUCUCAUCUAUUUAAAUUUUUGUCCUUGGAAGUAAUUGAUAUUCAUGUAUAUAGGAAGUGCUGGUCUGAUGGCACACAUAUCUUGUGGCAACUUGGCAAGCCCUCGCGUGAGUCAUUCAUCUUUUGUAACUUCGGAGAAGUAAAGCUCUUGUCAAAUUUCUGUCUAUUUGCCCUUUCAUAUAAAGAUGAUUUCUAGGAAAUUGGAUUCCAGGAAUAAAACUUCCACCUCCUUCUUCAAACUAAAGUGGAGUUUUUAA